AUGCCAACUACGACAACAACGAGUACAAGGACGUCGGUGACUACAAUGAGAAUACUGACCCUGAUGAAACCGACGAACCCUUCGACGACGAAAGCUCUGCUUCUGGCAGAGCCAGAUUUGGCUAGCGUCAAGAAAACAGGCCUCGUAGUAACGGAAGAUUCCACAAAGAUCUGUCCUCACGGAACGCUGCGUAUGGUCGGAGAGGAGAUGCCUCGCGAAUGCAGGGAGAGUGAGAAUCUGGCCGAUAGCGCUUGGUCGAAGAACGUGCCCGUCGGAGACGAUUUUCUCUACAAUGGUCCAUUACCACUGUUCAAGGACGAGGAUUUUGAAUCUCUUCGGAAUGCAAAAGCUGUCGCGCAGCUUAUGUAG